AUGUGUGGUUCGGAAGCGAGUGAUGUACGUUCCUUAUUGCAAAUCACCUAUCCCAUGGAGAAUGGUAUCAUUAAAAACUGGGAGGACAUGGAACAUUUGUGGGAUUAUGCCUUCUAUGAGAAAAUGAAGAUCCCCACUCAGGGCAAGAAGAUUUUGUUGACGGAACCACCCAUGAAUCCAUUGAAAAACAGAGAAACCAUGUGCGAUGUGAUGUUUGAAAAGUACAAAUUCGGCGGUGUUUAUGUCGCAAUCCAAGCUGUGUUGGCGUUGUACGCCCAAGGUUUAAGUUCGGGUGUGGUCGUCGACUCGGGUGACGGUGUGACCCACAUUGUCCCAGUUUACGAAUCGGUGGUGUUGAACCAUUUAACCAGGAGAUUGGAUGUAGCAGGAAGAGACGUAACACGGAAUUUGAUUAACUUGUUAUUGCGCCGUGGUUAUGCUUUCAACAGAACAGCUGAUUUUGAAACUGUUCGUCAAAUCAAAGAAAAAUUAUGUUACGUUUCAUGUGAUUUGGAUUUGGAUACCAAGUUGGCGAAUGAGACCACUACAUUGGUCGAGUCGUACGAAUUGCCUGACGGAAGAGUAAUCAAGGUCGGAUCCGAAAGAUUUGAAGCUCCGGAGUGCUUGUUCCAGCCAAAUUUGGUUGAUGUGGAACAACCUGGUGUCGGCGAAACUUUGUUCAAUACUAUUCAGGCUGCAGAUGUCGAUAUCAGAUCAAGCUUGUUCAAAGCAGUCGUGUUAUCUGGUGGUUCUUCCAUGUAUCCUGGCUUGCCAUCGAGAUUGGAAAGAGAAUUAAAGCAAUUGUGGUUAACUAGAGUUUUGCAUGGCGAUGCAACCAGAUUGGAGAAGUUCAAGGUGAGAAUCGAAGACCCUCCAAGGAGAAGACACAUGGUGUUCAUUGGUGGUGCGGUUUUGGCCAAUAUUAUGGCAGACAAGGACCACAUGUGGAUUUCGAAACAGGAAUGGGAAGAACAGGGUUCUCGCAUUUUAGAAAAACUUGGCCCUCGCUAA